AUGCAUUGCGCGAUGCGCUAUUUUUGCUUGGGCUGGCUGGUGGUUGCGGCAGUGGGGCAGUCGUGCCUCCACCAGGAGUGUGAGGAUGGCGCCUUGCUACAGCUUUCGCACGGACUUGCCCAAAAUUCCACCCAGGUCGCCAAGCAGGUGGGAGAUGAGUGCACCUCCGAUGCGGAGUGUGAGACUGGCAUUUGUGCACUCACCUGGUAUGGCUUUGCCAGCCGGGAAUACGCUGGCGACUUCUUCGAUGGAUACGCGCUGAAGGCCUGCCAGCUCAAGUUGCAGGAGUUCAAGAUUGAGCUCACCCGGAAGCGGAACAUCAAAGGAAGCAAGACCGCCUCCGCCAAGUAUAGGCCAAUUUUGCAGGAUGCCAAGAAGGCCUGGGAAUCCAUCAUCCGCGGCCGGUCGCUGAACGCGCCGCCGCGUGCGGGGACGAGCCUGACGAUUCAGUAUGCUUUUCCGAGCGCGAAGGAAUUCAGCAAGAAGUAUUGCAGCUGCAACGCUUGCUGUAACAACAUGGCCGGUUCCUCCGGCCCAAUGGUGUUCUUCCAAGCAGACCCUGGACUCUCAGGACUUCGAGGAGUGGUCAGCACAGCUGAAAUGGUGUUCAACACCAAGAAGCUGAACAAGUACCGCGGGAAGAUCGCUUUCAUCCGAGCGCUUUUUUUGCGUGAGAUUGGAGUGGCGCUGGGCAUUGGCUCCACUUGGAAGUAUUUGGGCAUUGCAUACAAGGACCCAAAGAAGCGCAACACCCUGAAGAAUCUCUAUGCGAACACUGACGAUGUCGCCGGUGGGCUAUAUUGGUCCUCCAAUUUCGGGAUGACGCAUGGUGUCGUGGAGCUCGACAAGACCACGCGCCAGAUGCCUCUUCCGAAGCCCAUCCCUCGGUGCUGCGGAUAUGCUCAGGAUGUGAUGAAGGCCAGCUUGGAAUCUGCCACCGUGAUUGGCCCACAGAGUGUUGGCUUCUUGAAUGCCUUGGGGUACACCAUCGACUACCAAAACGCCAACCAGCCACUGUUCGUUUCGGUGCCUUGUGAUGGAUGCGAUGCGGAGCCACAGCUCUUCAAGCCCAACAUGUUGGUCAAGGAUCGGGGAGGCAAGACGAUCGCGAACGUCAAGGGAGUUGGCAAGAAGAGCUCCCUUUUGGCCGUGUCGGAAGGCGUCGAAGGAUCAGGCUUGGACUCCGUCUCUGCUCGACCGGCAGGAAGGCCGUGCACGCGCGACGAGGAUUGCAGCGGUGUUUGCGUGACCAGCAUGGUGGGGUUCCUUGAGGCGAAGGGUUACAAUCUCUACGAUGAAGGCAUCAGAGGUUUCGCAUCGAAAGUGUGCAAGCCGAAGCAUCAUGACUUCGACAUCGUCCUAGAUCCCGUCAAUUCCAGGCCGGACUAUGAUUACAUUUAUGAGGAGGCGCGUCAGAAGUGGCUGAGCAUCAUUCGCGGCAUCGCCAGACCGAUCAGAUACGACGUGAAUCCAGUGAACCUGGUCAUUGAAACCGCCUGGUUCGUCGCCUCCAGCGACAUCAUAGCUUAUAGCGGGCCCACCGAAGCACACUUCGUGGACUCGGCGGAUGGCAGCUAUUGGAUACCGAAGAAGGGCAUCCUGCAAUUCAACCUGGACUUCCUUUUGAACGACCGGAUGUCUUUGAAGCAGUUCAAGGCAUAUGUCUUGCAGCAGAUGGGGAAGGUGCUUCUCAUUGGCCUAUGGGAUCUCUUGACCACGAGCGCUCAAUGUAUGGAACCCGACCGCUUCACGGAUGCCUACCUAGAUGGCGGAGGCAAAGCCGCUAUGGCGCACUAUAUCCUCUCCCAGCAAUGGAGCAAGGAACCCAAGAGGCCGCUGCGUUUGUAUCGGACUACGGAUCUGAUAGACGACGACGAUUGCACCGGGUGGGAUGAAUGGACCCUCGAGAACGAACUCAUGACACCCUGGGUGGAUCGGAGCGACACCCCCUUGAGCCUCAUCACUGCUGGAAGCCUGGAAGACUACGGCUUCACCAUUGACUACAAGAAUUGUGAUGUUUGGCCCAAUCGAAAGGGCAUGAUCUUUUACAGACUCUUUCCAUCUGGUAACUUUGAAUUCGAGGGGUCAGCGAAUGUCUCCUCAGACUCUUCAGCAUCUGAUCAGAAGAAGUACGUCAUUCAUCGACCAGAGCUGAAGUUGACGCAAGGUUCGAAGGUCAUCGCCACGGUGCCUCGUGAUGCUAAGCCCUCUGACCUGCGUGCCGCUAAGAAGGACCUGCAAGCCUUCAUGAACCAAGCUCAUCCUUUACCUCCUGCGUAA